AUGGGUGCAGCUUCAAUGAUUUGGAAUCCAGACCUAAUCCACUACCUAUCCAUUUCAAAAUCCACAACAAUUCUCGCUCACCACAUCAAAAAUUCCAAAGAUUCAUCCACCAUAGAAACAUUAGCAUCAAAAUGCUUACAAAAUUGCCCUCCAAACCACUCCUUCUUCUCCCACACCGUCAAAAAUCACACCUACACUUUCCUAAUCACACCCCCCUUCGUCCUCUUCGCAAUCUUCGAUCACAACUUUCUCAAACCCCACGCUCUCGCUCUCCUCAACCAUAUCAAAACCUCCCUCAUCGAAACCCUCGACAAAAAUGACACCUUUACCCCUUUCUCCCUUCAGCCCCAAUUCGAUUCCGUUCUCAACGAAACCCUACAUGUCUACGACCUUUAUUCUAAUUCCAGUAGCUCGGCGAUUUCGCCGACGACUUCGCGAACGCUCCUCGUGAAACCUGACGAAGGAUUGAAGAAAAAGAAGAGAGUUCUGGAUGAUGGUAGAGAAGCUGCCAUGGUGGAUUUGUCUUCGGAUGAUAACAGUUCGUUGCCGUUUUCGAAGAUCAACGAUCGGCAGAAAGCCAAGCAUAUAUGGAAGAAACAUGUGUGGGUUGUUUUGAUGCUUGAUUUGUUUGUUUGCGCUGUUUUGUUUGUGAUCUGGUUAUGGGUUUGCAGCGGUUUCAAAUGCAUGGCUUAUUGA